AUGACUCGCAUAUUUCUCGUGGUCGCUACCGUUAUCAGCGCUGCCUACGCCCUUUGGCCUCUUCCUACGGACUUUUCGACGGGCACUGCAGCACUGACCCUCGCAUCCGACUUUCACAUCGACAUUUCGGCAAUACCAAAUCCUCCUCAGGAUCUUUUGGACGCGAUUUCACGUACCAAAGGGUAUCUUCAAACAGAUCAACUCGAGGCCUUGGUCGUGGACAGGGGAGCCUCGUAUAAUCAGAGCUUGCAGAAUGCCUCUUCGCUUGUUUCCCUCGUGUUAUCUUACGAUUCCGGUGUCGCCGGGGAGCCUACUAGUAUCUCUGAGGAAGCCAUAGAUGAUAUCGACAGUCGUGUGGAAGGGUACACUUUGACAGUGCCGGAAGAUGGUUCAGCAGCCACUAUCAAGGCCAACUCGACUUUGGGGUUGUUCCGUGGUCUGACAACAUUUGGUCAGCUGUGGUACGAUCUCAACAACACCACCUACACCAUUGAAGCACCCAUAGCCAUCACGGAUUCACCUGUCUUUCCUUAUCGCGGAUUCAUGCUGGACACUUCUAGAAACUACUUCCCUGUAUCUGACAUCUUGCGUACUUUGGAUGCAAUGAGCUGGGUUAAGAUGACCACCUUCCAUUGGCACAUGGUCGACAGUCAAAGCUUCCCUUUAGAGGUUCCCGAGUUCCCGGAACUAUCACUUAACGGAGCUUAUGGUCCCUCGCUCGUCUACAGUACUAAUGAUGUACAGACUAUCGUCAGCUAUGCUAAUGCACGAGGGAUUGAUGUACUUCCUGAAAUAGAUACUCCAGGACACACCGCGAUUAUUGCUCAAGCCUACCCAGAACAUGUCGCUUGUCCAGGCGCCACUCCUUGGGCCACGUACGCUAAUGAGCCUCCUGCUGGUCAACUUCGUUUUGCCAAUGCCAACACAACCAAUUUUACGGCUUCUCUCAUUUCUUCAGUCUCUGCCCGCUUCCCCGGAAAAUAUUUUUCCACUGGAGGAGAUGAACUCAAUACUGAGUGCUACGCUAUUGACGAAUCUACUCAAGCCGAUUUAAAUACAACUGGAAAAACUUUGGAACAAGCCCUCGACACCUUUACACAAACUGUACAGAGUGUCCUCGAGGACAGUGGAAAGACGCCUGUAGUCUGGGAAGAAAUGGUCCUCGAUUUCAACCUCACUUUGUCGAACAAUACUAUCGUGAUGGUGUGGAUCUCAUCUGCAGAUGCUGCUGCUGUCGCCGAUAAAGGCUUCAGGCUUGUCCAGGCCCCCUCAGAUUAUUUCUACCUUGACUGUGGCGCAGGUGGUUGGGUUGGUGCGAAUCCUUCAGGCAAUAGUUGGUGCGAUCCGUUCAAAACCUGGCAGUAUGCAUAUAGCUUCGACCCAGUCGCUAAUUUGACCGAUGCUCAAGCUAAACUCGUCAUUGGGGGAGAACACCUCCUCUGGACCGAGCAGUCGCAUGCGUCCAACUUGGAUUCAAUCGUGUGGCCGCGUGCUGCUGCAUCUGCAGAACUUUUUUGGUCCGGACCUGGAGGCAACAUUAAAAAUUCCGUGUUUCCUGAUGUACCUCGUUUGCACGAUGUUGCAUUCCGAAUGACCCAGCGUGGUGUAGGAGCAAUUGCACUUCAACCAUUAUGGUGUGCCCUGAGGCCGGGUGUCUGCGACCUUACAGCUUGA